AUGACGAGUUAUUACAAGCCCAACUGCGAGCGGUAUAUUCAAAGGACCAAUGAUUCGACGUCUCACAGACUUAAAAAUGCUUACUGGACUACCAAACAAGCAGUUAUUAAGAAACUGCGUCGAAAGCAAGACGAAAAUAUUGUAGCUUCCGACUCCGAUCUCGACGCAAAGUUGGAGCUGUUAAAAUCUGUUCAGUUGACAUGUCGAGAUCUUGACAAUGUAUUGGCACGUUAUCAGAGAACGUUGUGCUAUCUGUCUCAGGCUGAAAAUGAAAUGGGACGAUUUCUAAAACAAUUUAGUUUAGAAGAUAAAACACAAGCUGGGAAGAUUAUGUCUGCUGUCGGAAAGGCGUUAAGUAGCUCAGCACAACAAAGACUUACUUUACUCAGUCCACUUGAUCGCGUUCAUCAAGAAGUCAGAACAUUCAGACAACAGGCAAUCAGUGAUACAACAAAUACAGUUAAAAUUAUGGAACAAGGUCGCACAGAAUAUCGAGGUGCAUUGUUAUGGAUGAAAAACGUAAGCGAAGAGUUAGACCCAGAUACAUACAAACAAUUGGAAAAGUUUCGGUGCGUUCAAGCACAGGUUCGUAAAGCAAAAGCAUCAUUCGAUCGCCUAAAAGUGGACAGUAUGCAAAAAGUAGAUCUGUUAGCAGCCAGUCGAUGUAAUAUGCUGAGUCAUGUACUUGUCGGCUAUCAGAAUACUUUGUUGACUUUUCUUGAAAAAACGUCUCAUAUGAUGGUAGCAGUAGCAGAAAGUUUCAGAGGUUAUCAAUACUAUGAAUUUUCAAUUCUUCGGCAUUUGAGACCAGAAAGUCGUAAAUUGGCUGGAUAUAAGAGCGAUGAUGAGAAAGAUAGCGACAGGUUGGACAGUGGAUUUAACCAAGUUGAAUUAAGUGAUCCAGCAAUUAUGAAUUCUGAUGACAAUAACCAUAGAAUACAUCAAACAAAAUUAACAGAUGAAGAAGAAUUUGAUAAAAGAUUAGAUGAAAUUUUCCUAGAAAAUCAUUGUAAUAAUUUCGACUUUAAUUCAGAUCAAUUUAAAUUAGCAGGGAAUCAAACCAGUUUUGCUGGAACUGAAGACAACAAUAACAUUAGUGGUCUGAUUAAUGAAUCUAGUGAGCAAGUCCCUGCUGAUCAUAGAGAUUUGUUCACUGAUCUGUUUCUUAGUGAUGCAAAAGAUGAUAGAUUUGCUGGACACCUUUCUGGAGUGGAUACUCGUCCUUUCAACUUCGGAAAUAAAGACGGAUUCACUAAUGAUUCGGAAGCCGUCUUUAGCGAUUUGAAUCAGCCUUGCCAAAACGCUGAUUUUGGACCGUUGCAGAAUGUAGGGUCGAAAGAUACAUUCAGGACACCAAUACUUCCUUCACACUUAUUAGAACAGGAACUCCAAAAUUUAUUCAACCCAGGCUCUUCUAAUUUAAUUGGUACUCAAUCGAUGAAAUCAUCUUUGGAGUGUACUAACGUGAAUACUUCUGCAUUUAGUAAUAAUUACAACCAAUCCGAACAACAGUUAAAAAAAAGUGAAAACUCUCUGGGUACCAUUUCAAAUGCCCCAAAGCCAUUAUCAUCCCAACAGCCCACUAAUCUAGAUGCUUGGUUAAAUCUGUUUUCUGAUAUCGGACCAAUCGGUAAUCCAGAUACAAUAUCGAAAAAGGCUGGUCAAGUCUCUGAUGCCUAG